AUGUCUACGUCUCGUCCUCUCUCUCUCUCUCUCUCUCUCUCUCUCUCUCUCUCCCCCCGAUCUUUUUCUCUCGCUGACCGUCUUCUCUCUUUCUCUGAUCUUUCUUUCUUUCUUUCUUUCUUUCACUCUUUUUCUCUUGUUGACCUUUCUCUUUCUCUGAUCUUCUCUCACUUUGUCUCUCUCUCUCUCUCUCUUUCUUUUUACUCUUUAUCUCUCUUUUCUACAUCUUCCAUUUACCUACUCUCUUAUUUUCCUUCUCUUCCUCCAAUAAUUUUUAUUUCCCCCUUUCUUUGCAAUCUUUCUUUCUUCUCCAGUUUAACUCGCUAUCUCUCUUUUCCUUAUCUUUCUUUAUUCAAUUUUUUUAUUUACCUAAUCAUUGAAGUUUCUUUUGCCUUCAACAUCUUACUCUCUUUUUUUCUGAUCUGUCACUCUCUUUUUCCUCUUCUGCCCUGCGUUUAUCUUUUCGACAUCUAUCUUUUUAUUCGCUCUCUUAUUAAGCAUCCGACUAAUAUUGUUUUUUUCUAUCUAUCUAUCUAUCUUGCUUUUUCUAUCUUGUUUUUUUAUCUACCCCUCUUGUUUUUUUCCAUCUAUUUAUCUAUCUAUCUUGCUUUUUCUAUCUAUAUAUCUAUCUUGCUUUUUCUAUCUAUCUAUCUUGUUUUUUCUAUCUAUCCAUCUAUCUAUCUAUCUUGUUUUUUUCUAUCUAUCCAUCUAUCUAUCUAUCUUUUUCUAUCUUGUUUUUUAUCUACCCCUCUUGUUUUUUUCAUCUAUCUAUCUUGUUUUUUUUUUAUCUACCCCUCUUGUUUUUUCCAUCUAUCUAUCUUGUUUUUUAUCUACCCCUCUUGUUUUUUCCAUCUAUCUAUCUUGCUUUUUCUAUCUAUCUAUCUAUCUAUCUUGUUUUUUUUAUCUACCCCUCUUGUUUUUUCCAUCUAUAUAUUUAUCUUGUUUUUUCUAUCUAUCCAUCUAUCUAUCUUGUUUUUUCUAUCUAUCCAUCUAUCUAUCUUUUUCUAUCUUGUUUUUUAUCUACCCUCUUUGUUUUUUUUCCAUCUAUCUAUCUUGUUUUUUUAUCUACCCCUCUUGUUUUUUCCAUUUAUCUAUUUAUCUAUCUUGCUUUUUUUUUAUCUACCCCUCUUGUUUUUUCCAUCUAUCUAUCUAUGUAUCUAUCUUGCUUUUUCUAUCUAUCUCUCUAUCUUGCUUUUUCUAUCUAUCUAUCUAUCUUGCUUUUUCUAUCUAUCUAUCUAUCUAUCUUGCUUUUUCUAUCUAUCUAUCUUGCUUUUUCUAUCUAUCUUGCUUUUUCUAUCUAUCUAUCUAUCUAUCUUGCUUUUUCUAUCUAUCUAUCUUGCUUUUUCUAUCUAUCUAUCUAUCUAUCUUGCUUUUUCUAUCUAUCUAUCUAUCUAUCUAUCUAUCUAUCUAUCUAUGUAUCUGGCUUUUUCUAUCUAUCUAUCUAUCUUGUUUUUUUGGUUUUUUAUCUACCCCUCUUGUUUUUUCCAUCUAUCUAUCUAUCUAUCUAUCUUUAUCUUACACCCUGCUUUUAUGUUCACUAUCUCUAUUUUCAGUUGCUCUCUUAGCGUUUUUAUUUCUCAACUUUUCUUUCCUUUUCUUCAUAAAUUCUCUUUCUUUUCCUCUACUCUUUUAUCUUCUUCCUCUCUCACUUUCCACUUCUAUGUAUUCGUUCUAUUUUUUUUUAACUUGACCACAACCAUCGAUAUAUCUAUCUGUUGA